GUCUCCGAUAUAGUACUACUUGAUGUCACACCGCUGUCUCUUGGGCUUGAAACUCUGGGGGGCGUGAUGACAAAGCUCAUUCCCCGAAAUACGACUUUGCCAACAUCGAAAUCUGAAGUGUUUUCCACUGCCGCCGACGGUCAAACUAGCGUGGAAAUUAACGUCCUACAAGGGGAGCGUGAGUUUGUCAAAGACAACAAAAGCCUUGGAACUUUCAGGCUAGAUGGUAUUCCUUCUGCUCCACGUGGUGUGCCGCAAAUUGAAGUCAAGUUUGACAUUGAUGCAAACGGGAUCCUUUCUGUUGAGGCUUGUGACAAGGGCACAGGGAAGAAGCAAGACAUCAAAAUCACGGGAGCUUCGACUUUGUCUUCGGAUGAGGUAGAGAGAAUGGUUGCUGAUGCAGAAAAGUUUGCAAGUGAAGACUAUGCGAAACGAGAACAAGUAGAAAUGCGCAACAGCUCUGACUCCAUGGUAUACCAAACCGAGAAACAGCUCAAUGAACUCGGUGAUAAAAUACCUCAAGAAAUAAAAGAUCAAGUUCUUAAAAAACUGGAGUCGCUGAAGCACGCGUUGGCUACUGAUGAUGUUGAGAAAAUGAAGACUGCUCAGGAAGAAUUGCAGCAGCAGGUGAUGGCGAUGGGUCAGGCCAUGUAUCAAGGUGGUGAUUCAGCAACGACCCAGGGCGAAUCUUCUGAAGCACCUGCGCAGGAUGACGUCAUAGACGCGGAAUUCUCUAGCGAUAAGUAG